AUGCCUUCACUCACUAUGUUGCGGCGAUCCGUCGACGAGACUCCCCGGGCUCACUUCGACGUGGCCCGUUCGCUCUCUCAAAUCGCCAACAAGAUCCGCCCUGCAGGACAGAUCGGUCCCCUGAAAGUCUUCGCUCGAGGCGACGACUCUGACGGCGGCUCCGAUGCGGUUAUCAACGCCUUGCUUAUCGUGCUCGGCAUUGCCUUUUCUAUUCUUGUCCUUGUAUCAAUUCUGCUCGUCCUCCGCCGCGUUCGCCGCAAGCGAGGACUGGAGGAGCAGGAACCCGUUCUGCCCUCCUACGACGACGUCAAGAGCGGCCACCCCAAUCACCGAGGCCUCACCAUCGAGACCACCCACAAUGGCCGCUCCAGCGUUCUCUUCAUCGGCCGCGAUGGCCAGCCCAUGCUGCGCGCUCCUGGCUCACCACCUCACUCUCCCGACAACGUUCCCGAGAUUCAUAUUACCUUCCCUGAUGAGCAGGACGAUCAAGGCCGCCGGAAGAGCGGCCGUGUUGUCGUCGUUCGUGUUGGCGAAAAUGCUACGGUCGGUCUCGAGCCCAUGCACGACGAGGAUCUGCCCGCCUACGAGAAGGAAGCCAACGGCCAGUUCUACUCCGUCGACAUGGACAAGAUCGGCGGCCUCAAGGAGAAGGACCACUCCUACUUCGACCAUUAG